ACUGCAGGGAUCAGAUUAGCUUAAAUCAGGCCGGGUACUAGAAAUAUCCAGACAUAAAGCUAACGCUCAAAGGCCGGAGCGUCGGUGCUGGGGCGAAAUAACGCAAGGAUGAGUGGUGUGGCGAAUUUUAAAAACUGCGGCUCUGUGCUGAUAACCGGAGCCAACCGUGGACUCGGGCUGCAGAUGGUCGAAAGUCUGGCGAGUGGAGGUUUCCCACCGGGCAAGAUCAUAGCCACGACCAGAAACAUCUCCGGUGCGCAGAAACUUCAGGAACUGGCCAGAAAAUACUGCAACGUCCACAUUGUAACCUUGGAUGUGGUGAAUCAGGAGAGCAUAGAGAAAUGUGCUGAGGAGGUGGGCCAGCUGGUCGAGCAGGAGGGUCUGAACUGCCUGAUAAACAACGCAGGGAUCAACGUCGUGGCCGACUUUCACUCCGUCACUGCAGAGAAGAUGAUGGAGAACUUCCACACCAACGCUGUGGCUCCUCUGAUGAUAACGAAGGCAUUCCUGCCGUUGUUGAAGCGGGCUGCAGGCAGAGGAGGGUCAGGAACAAUGGGAAUCCAGAGGGCGGCAGUUAUUAACAUGACAUCUCUGCUGGGGUCUGUGGAGCUCAACUGGGGCGAGAGGGCCAACAACUUCAAAUGGUACCCUUACAGAACAUCCAAGAGCGCCUUGAAUAUGGUCAGUCGCUGCAUGGCUGUAGACCUGGAGCCUGAUGGGAUCCUCUGCAUGGCGAUACAUCCCGGCUGGGUCCGCACCGACAUGGGAGGCUCUGAGGCUCCCCUGAGUCCUGAAGAGAGCGUCGCGUCCGUCUUGUCUGUGAUUGGUGGGCUGACUGAAAAGGACCACGGUUCAUUUCUGAACUUUACAGGAGAGCAGUUGCCAUGGUGACCUGUUGAUCAGCUCGUUAAUGAGCAGGAUCCUAACGACUCUUUUCGUCAGUGUGGAUUGAUCUUGACUUGGGAGAAAAAAAAUAAUGUGUUGUUGUUGUUUUUUCUGGGUGCUGAAAACAUCAUCAUUUCAGCAGUUUUAAUUGCAAUACCGGCUGUGAAGCUUUUUUUAUUUUAUUUUAUUUUGACAGAAUCUGGAUACAAGGUUUACUUCUUAGUCCAGCUUUAAUUCACAUGAUCUACUGCUCCUAAUACGAACAAGGGUAAUGUUAAUAAUAAGCUUUUAAAUGAGUUAUUUUGAGCAAUAAAAAGCUUAAAAUUUAUAAUCGCAUUUUAGUGAAGCACAGAGCUUGUGUGAUUUAGUUUUCCUCUAAAAAGUGUUCUCAUCUAUAGUUGUCUCAGGAGUUUAAUGCUGUUUUUUUUUUGUCAUUCUUGCUGCUGUCCUGGGGCUCAAUUUCUAACAUUUUUUUCUCACCUUACCUGAAUUGACAACACCGAAUUUGGGGUUUAUUGUCCUGACUUGCUGUGCAGGAUUAACUCAAAUUGUUUUUGGUGUUUUGAUGACCCACGUUCAAAACUAUUAAAUGAGGAACUGCAGCAACAGAGAACUUAAAUGCUUGUUUUUGGUGAGAUUGUUCAUUUAUUAAGGAUAUUUAUUUGAAAUGCUGUCUAUUAAAUACA